AUGUGGAUUAUGGAGGUUGGAAUUAGGAAUAGAGUGACUAUUAUAGUAACCCGUCUAGACACCGAAACUGACAAGAGAGGAAGAAGUGACAAAGUUAUAUUUGGUUGUGAUAAAGGCAGAAAAUACAAAGAAGGAAAUAGUGAAACACAAAGUGCUACCAAGAAAUACGGUUGUCCAUUCAAAAUUAGGUCAACAACAAAAGAUGGUUUUCAUUGGAAGAUUGACGUAAAAUAUGGACUUCACAACCAUGGUUUACCGGAUAGAUUUGAAGGUCAUUCAUUUGUAUGUCGACUUAAUGCUAAUGAUCAACAACAUAUUGUUAAUUUGACAAAACAUCAUGUUCCACCAAGACACAUAUUAUUGUUAUUGCAAGAACGAGAUCCAGAGAACGUGACUCGAAUCACCCAAAUAUAUAAACAUAAGAGUAAGAUGCAGAAAGACAUCAGGGGUCCUAGAACAGAAAUGCAACAGUUGUUUAAGUUGAUAGAGGAUUCAAAUUAUGUUUAUUGGAGUAGGAAAAAAGACGAGUCAGAAGUUGUGAGAGAGAUCUUCUGGGCCUACCCAGAAUCUGUGAAGUUGUUGAAUAUGUUUCCUGGUGUGUUGAUUAUGGGCAGUACGUAUAAGACAAAUAAGUACAGGCAACCUUUGUUUGAAGUAAUUGGUAUGACAUCAACUGAGUUAACAUUUGUUGUUGCAUUUGCCUAUAUGGAAUCUGAGAAAACAGAGAUUUUUUUUGAUCAUAUCAAACCAUUUAUUGAUGACAAUGUUGAUGUUAAGAGUGAUGGAAAUUGUGGGUUUAGAUUCAUUACAUCACUACAUGGAUAUGGUGAGGAUGGUUGGUCAAUGGUUCGCCGUGACUUGGAUAAUGAAAUUAGAGGUUCCAGAAGCAGUCUCUAUGAGAAGUUAUUUGGAAGUCGCUUAUAA